GUAACUUUCUGUCACUUUCCGUCAAAUUCACGAAACUGAUGGACAUAAUAAAUUCCACGGAUCUAAAUUGACAUGCAAAAAUAAUUUAUUACAAAAAUAUGUUCAUUGAAUAGAAAGGAAGUUUGCUUUGUGUAAUUCAGGCAUCAAAAUUCAAAGUAAGAAAAAUGGAUGAAUAUAAUUUUCCUCUCGAGAAGGGAAAAAAUCAAAAUGCCGAGAAUCUUCAUCAAGACGGGAAUUUCGAAACAAUUUAUCGUUGGCUCGAAACAAUUCCGUUUUCUAAAGCACCUAAAACCUUAGCUAGAGAUUUUGCAGAUGGAGUCCUUAUGGCAGAAUUAUUACAAAUAUAUUACCCUCGAUUUCUUGAAGUCCAUAAAUGCAUGCCAGCUAGUAACAUCAAUAUGAGAAAAGACAAUUGGAACACUUUGAAUAGAAAAGUAUUUUCUAGAAUAUUUUUAAAAUUAAAUAGCCAUACAAUCAGUCAAUUAGCAAAUAGUCACCAUGGUACAAUUGAAAAAUUAUUAUUGGCAUUACAUGGAAAACUUAACAAUAAAGAUAUCAAUUAUUUACAAGAACUUGGAACUAAUGAUAUUAGUGAAACACAAAUCGAAAAUUUAGAAGUACAACAGGUAGAUUCACCCGGAACAGAUUCUCUACAAAGCAGCUCUGCAAAUGCUAUAGCACGAUUAGAAACAUCAUUAAACGGUUUCUCUUCUUUCUUGAAAAAGAUAAAAAAUAAUCUCAAAAUUUUCAUGAUUUGGUUGAUGAGCGUCCUCUGCAUUUGGAAAUAUUUUUCGAAAUAUCAGUCAGUAAACGAAAACGCAAACAAUGAAAUUGUUUAUAAUAACUAUCCGCUUGAAAUUGCACAACAAACCGGAUAUAUAAAUGCACAAAUAACCGAAUCAGUGACGCGAUGGGCUUAUGAGCAAUUAAUUCAAGAAAUACAUGAAAAAGAGGACAUAAUUACGACUCUGAACCAUAAGAUCGCAUAUUUAGAAGGCAUGAUGCGACAAAAAGAUUCUCGUAUCACAAACUUGAUGAACCAAGUUACUAACAAUUCUGUAGAGAUUUUACCUAAUGUCAGACAACGUUUGCUCACUACUGGCCAACUCAGAUCAAGACCAAAGUCACAUAAUCCACUGAUGAUGCCAAAUUCAUAUGGGAGCUAGAAUGCAAAAUCUUUUUUUAUACUAUGUGAAAAUAAUUUUCAUUAGAACAAUUUAUUUGUUUGUGCUAAGUCCGUUUUUAAUCAGCCUUUAUC